CUUUCCUCCCUGCCCCUUCCUACCCGUCGGGAGAAAGAGCAGGAACAGAGAAGGAACGACGGCGACACAGGAGUCGGAAGAGGAGACAAAUAGGAGGGGUCGUUGCAGAGAGAAGAACGAUUGAAGAGUUGGGGCUUUUUCCAGACUUCUGGAGAACGCCCACGCGCUCUCAUGGAGAUAGAGGCUCUGCGGUUCCCUCUACGGGAUCGGGACUUUGUGGCCGAGAUCCUGCCGGAUCUCGAGUUCCACGAGUCCCUUGUGGAGGGGCUGCAGUUCGAUGAAGAUGGCCUGGAUUUCAAUCUGGACGAAUUUCUUGUGACUCCUGAAGACGGUUCGGGGAUUUCGGACAACGGUUUCUCUUCAGCGGGGUUAGAUCUGGAUUCAGGCGAUCCCGAACCGUCGCCGGAUCCGAAAUUGGUUUCUUCCGGUUUGGAAUGGCGUCAUUCGUCGCGGUCGGAGGUCUCUGCGCCGGCGAGUCUUCCUCUGGCGCCGGAUCGCGGUGGAUCUACGGGGGUCGUGGACUUUAAGUCGGAGAAUGCCUCGCCAUUGAUCGAGUCCGGGUGCUCGAGCGAAGGAAGCUUCACGGUUGCGGUGGAUCAUGGAGAUGGAGGGAAUUCUCGCGAGUUGUCUGGUUUUGAAGGCGACGGAGGAGCGAAUGACUGCGCUGAGUCGGCUCUUCGAAUGGAGGAUGGAUCAGAGAAGACUGGCGCAAAGAGGAAGCAAGAAAAAGGAGACGAUUUGGUUACUAAUUUGCAAGCUAAAUUUCUGAGGUCGGAUUGCUCGGCGGACAGCGAUUCUUCCGCGGUCUUCCGGCAGGUGACUGAAGAAGUGGAGGAUAAGAAGAAGGCUAGGCUUAUGAGGAACAGGGAAAGCGCGCAGCUUUCACGGCAACGGAAGAAGCAUUACGUGGAGGAGUUGGAAGAGAAGGUAAGGUGUAUGAGUUCUAAAAUUGCAGAACUGAAUAGCAGAAUUGCUUGCAUUACUGCUGAAAAUGUGAGUUUGCGGCAACAGUUGGGACCUGUGUACCCACAACCGACUGCCCACCCAGCACCGCAAAUGACCCCGUUUAGUUUCCCCUGGCUUCCUUGCCCGCCUUAUGCUUUGAAUGCUCAGAAUGGAAUCGUUUUCCCUCCGGGAUCCCAAGUCCCGCUGGUACCAAUUCCUAGGCUGAGAACGCAACAACCUGUCUCAGCACCGAAGCCAAGAAAGUCGUCCUCGAAGGUGAAUUCGAGAGAAAUAGCUAGGAAUUCCGGGAAGGUCAGCAAGAAAGUUGCAAGCGUAACCUUCCUAUGUUUUUUCAUUUUCUUGAUGUACUCCGGUGGCCAGUUUUCAGUUUUUAGUUCCAUCUAUGGAGGAAACAAGGAAAGUUUUUCUGGUAGAUUAGAUUAUGUUGACUCUGAGAUAGAAAGUAGGUUGAAAGGAAAGGUGCAGACAGGUCUUCACCAUGUGAAUGGCACGGAAGACGUUAGCGUGAAUUACUUGAAGAAAUUGUAUAUAGACAGAUGUAUGAGGAGGGGAAGAGAGAGUAGCCUAGAUCCGUCAGAAUUUUGUAAGGAGUGUAGUUCACUGCCUUUCUCCGGCUCUGACGAGCAUGGUCUUCAUGGAAAUAGCAGCCAGUCUCUGGUUGCUUCCUUGUACGUCCCAAGGAACGACAAGCUUGUUCGGAUAGAUGGGCGUUUGAUUAUCCAGUCUGUGCUUGCCAGUGAGAGAUCCGUGCAGUCCUUAAAAUCUAGGCCGAAGAAAACUGUUAGCAAGAAUGCGAUAGCGGAAUCUGAGGAGGGUUUGACAAGCGACAGUGGCAGGUCACCUACAUUGCCCGUUGCAGUAUCAGGAAAAAAUAUGGAGGUGCUCCCUAACUUUUACAGGAAGCAGGCUGAACAUCAGAGGGCUCUGGCCUCUAGCUCAGCCGAUGAAUAUGUUGAGGACCAAAACACUGCUUCAUCAUUUGAAGGACCGCUCCGGCAAUGGUUCCGUGAAGGAAUGGCAGGACCAAUUUUAAGCUCAGGCACGUGCACAGAAGUUUUCCAGUUUGAAGUGUCUUCAUCAACGGCUAACAAACCAAGGACAGUCGUUCCCUCCACAUCCACAGGGGCAGCUAAUUCAUCCACCCACCACGGCGAUGCCAAUUGUUCCAGUUCUGGCAUGAUCAAGAACAGAAGGUUCCUCUACCCAACGGCUAUACCGCUUCCAGGGAAAACACUUCUUAACAGUACUUCAAAUCACUCAAAAAACACUAACCAAGAAGACACCUUUGCAGGGAACCAUUCGGUUUCCUCAUCCAUGGUUGUGUCUGUACUACUGGACCCAAGAGAGGCCGGGGAAAACGGUAACAUGAUGUCUUCCCCCAAGUCUCUUUCCCGGAUCCUCGUUGUUGUGCUGGUGGACAGUGUGAAGUAUGUCACUUAUUCAUGCAUGCUUCCUUUUAAGAACUCUUCACAUAGGCUGCAUUGACGAAUCAGCAAUAGUACACUAACUGGUAGACCUUUAUCCCCAACACUUAUCAGGGGUAGCUGGUAGGCCUCUUGUUUGUUUAGUUUAGUGAAUCUAUGCAAGCAGAGGCUUGUUUUUUGUACCAGAUAUUGAGCAUAUAAUGUUGGAAGUAGAAUAUCCAGAUAAUUUUGGAA